AUGGUAGAUGACGCGUUCCGAGAGGACUUGUAUGAGAUUCUAGGCCUCGAGCCUGCAGUAGACGAGCGUCAGGUGGCCCGUGCGUACAAGAGAAAGUCGAUUCUGUACCACCCAGACCGUGGCGGGGACGUGCUUAAGUUUUUGGAAUUGACUCAUGCGCGUGAUAUUCUACUGGACCCAAAGAAAAAAGAGGCUUAUGACAAGAAAUUGUCACGUGAAUUAUUGGCCAAAAAGAAGCAGCGCGAACGAGAAGCAGAGCUCAAUGGCAAGCGCAGACAGAUGCGAGAUGAAUUGCUGCGGAAGGAGCAAAACUAUGAGCACAGCAGGAAAAGUAGCGUGAAACAACAGAAGACGGAGCUGACAAAGCUUCGGGAGAAAGCUCUGGCACGUCAACAAGAGCUGCAGGAUCGCUUUGCUCGGGAAGCCAAGCGUCGGUCGGAGCUGAAAAACUGUCAAGAUCCUCAUGCCGCUCCAAAAUCUCAGCGUAGUGUUACGUUCAAGUGGGAUAAAAAGCGGUACUCGCACUCAGAUGACACGCUCAGUCGAGAGCUUCGGUCGUAUGGUGAGAUUGAGACCAUCAAGAUAAAGACGUCAUCGGCAAAGGUCAUGUUCAGGGAAGCUGCUUCAGCAGCAAAUGCUGUCCGAAUUGAAGCACAUAAAAACUGCUGGCGAGAAGUCUCGAUCCAAGGUCACAUUAUUGAGACGGAUGGGUUCACGUCUACAGAAGACAAGUCGACGACCAAGAGAACAACACUGAGGCAUAAUGUACAAACACUUCCUGGAGGGCCUAUCUCACUAAAUGAGCAUUUAGCGUUUGAGAAGACAGUUCUCGCCGCAUUGCGAGAAAAGGCGAAGCUGCAGCAACAACAGCAACAAGAACAGCCUCCCGUGAGAACGAAAUUGAUUCGACGACAUAUUUCUUUAGGUGCUUGA